CCGUGAAAACUAGGGCUUUGCAGAGGGUUUAGUGGCGAUUCCUCUUCCUCCUCUCGCCUGCACUGCACUAUGGCAUCCUCCGCCGCCUCCCUCCUCGCUCGCCGCCUCCUCCUCGCCCGCCGCCUCCCAUCGUCUCCCUUUCGUCCCUUCUCCACCACUACCACCACCUCCUCCUCCUCGACCUCUUCCCCCUCGUUUAACGGAUCCGAUGCGGAGCCCCAGCCCGAGCCCGAGCAUGACCUGCCCCCCGCGGAUCAGGAUCACCAGCAGGCCCCGAACCGCCCGCGCCCGCCCAACACCACCCGCCCCCUCGAGAACGGCCUCGACCCCGGAAUCUACAAGGCUAUAAUGGUGGGGAAGGUCGGGCAGGAGCCGAUGCAGAAGCGGCUGCGGAGCGGGAGGACGGUCGUGCUCUUCUCGCUCGGCACCGGCGGCAUCCGCAACAACCGCCGCCCGCUCGAUCGCGAGGAGCCGCAGCAGUACGCCGACCGAUGCUCCGUGCAGUGGCAUCGCGUCUGCGUCUACCCGGACAGGCUCGGCACGCUCGCGCUCAAUCACGUCAAGACCGGCUCUAUCCUCUAUUUGGAAGGGAAUCUUGAAACGAAAGUGUUCUCUGAUCCUAUUACUGGGCUGGUUAGACGCAUCAGAGAAAUAGCUGUGCGUGGAAAUGGUCGUCUCUUGUUUCUUGGUAAUGACUGCAAUGCUCCGAAGUUAGGUGAAGUCAAGGGCGUUGGCUACUUCUGAAACUGAUUUAUGUCCAAUUAGGCAUAUCAAUGGACAAAAUCAACUUGGGAUGGAGGUAUCACAACAAUGCAACAGUUGUUAUAUAUUGUUGAAAUCUGAUCAAUGAACCGACAAUGGUAUUGUAGAUGCCAUACUUGCUGAGCAACUAAUCUAACUUAAUUUGGAAUAAUUCAUGCUCCACGGAGUGAGCUUAUUCUAACC